AUGAACCCGUUUAUCAUCACCACGUCACUCGACAAGCCAGACCGGCAGACCCGGAAGUUGAUCCGCAGCCAUGUCAUGCGUGGGAAGAAUACCCGUAAGAUCAGACGCGCCAGGGAGGCCGAGUCGAGAUCGGGGGCAGUAGUUCCGCCAUGUGAAUCAUGGUCCUCUGCAGGUGGGAAGGAAUGGGUGCUUACGACGCCUCGGAAGGUGGCCUCAGAACUGUCUCUGUUCAACUACAUGAUCGAGAUGAAGCCUUACAUGCUUAAUCUCCUUUUCCAGGCGUUGACCGUCAUCAAACCAACAAUGCACGCUUUCGAUACCGUCACAGACCAUAGCCACCCAGGCAGAAUGCUUUGUGUCGCAGAUAUCUCCCAGAGCCCCGCCAUGGUUCACUCGAUCAUGUUCGCCGCACAGGCGUUUCACGAUAUGUCGCUGGGGGCCUCAUACGGACCAUUGACACGAUUCCAUCUAGCAAAGACUCUCCAGUAUCUCCAGCAAAGUCUGGGGGACAGGGUCGAGGCUACAAAAAGCUCCACCAUGACUGUUGUCGGGCUUCUGUCAUUGGCAGGAAUUAUCGCAGGGGACCUCGAAUCAGCUGCAAAGCAUAUGGAUGGGCUACAGAAAAUGAUUGAAUUGCGCGGGGGCUGGGACUCACUCAUGGACCGAGAGGCAAUAGAGCACAAAGCUAAAACGAUAGAUCUUUAUCUCGCCGCUGGGACUGGUAGCAAGCUGCGCUUCGUCGAGGAUAUCUCCUGGGGCCCGCAUAUCGCUCAUGGUAGGUGGGCUACCCUUGCCCCGGAGCUGAAAAUGGUACAUCCACGGCCUGAUCCAAGGCUCUUGAACGUUUGGGUUGAUAUACGAGAAUUUUCUACACUGGUCAACAAAGCCACAACCACCGGGGUCAAACUGGCGGCCACAUCUUUCUUACAGAUCAGCAGGUCGGCACCGCACCGACUGCUCUCUUUGCAAUGUGUCCAUCCAUUCCACGAACUAUUAAGACUGUCCAUGCUUGCAUUCCUGACGCCUCUCCUGAUCAACACACCUGGAAUUGGCAGAACGAUGACGUACCUUGCAGGGAAGCUCAAAGCCAGUUUACUUGAGCAGAGGUUCCCGCCGUUAGUCGAACAGGCCAGUCUUCUUCUUUGGUCCCUGUUUAUAACGUGCUUAUCAAUCUUUGAAGAACAGGAUCAGAAAUGGUUGCGAGUCCUGGUGAUACAAACGGUGCACACACUUGGUCUGAGAACAUGGGCGGAUACUAGAGCUGUGCUCAAGAGCUUUCUGUGGGUUGACUUAGUCCAUGAUCAGGCCGGUGAGAGGGUGUUUGAGAAAUGUGUAUUCAACACUCCAGCCGUGUCAUGUACCGAUUAA